AUGAAUUCCACGGCGUCGUUCAAGUCCAAUCCCCUCAACAAGAUCAUAGGCCUCUCGGUCAUCCUCUCCAUGGGGUUCCUCCUCGUGAUUCUCGCGGGAAUCUACGGCAAUUGGUUUCCCAUCAUCAUCGGCAUCCUCUUCGCCGUAGCACACUUGCCCAUAGCCAUCACGGGAGCGCUAGCCUCCUCGUCAGACUACGAUUUCAACUUUGAUCCCUCCAACCCUUCGGCCACAGGUGCUCUCCAGGAGAUUGGCCUCUUUACCUCUGCAUUUCUCCUCUUGCUGGGCCUCGCGUUGCCAGUGCUCUUGCACCACUCACGGAUUCUCACCAAGACUGCCACUGUGCUAACCAUUGUGGGAGGAGGCUUGAUCUACGGCACGGUGGUGACGUUCUCGCGGUUUUUCGAUGAGCCCCAAGACGAGGUCGACGACCUUGGCGGUGGGGUUAUCUAG